UUUCUCUUUCUCUCUGUCUUGUCUUUUUAUCUCUGUCUCUCCCUUCCUAUCUUUUCGGUCCUCCACUCCUCGGGUCUCCAUCUCCGCUCGUUCAUCCGCUGUUUCCUCCCCUCGUUCCUUCUCUACUUCUCCACACCUCUUGACUCUAUCCUCCUUCCUUCCUUCCCAUCGCGUCAUGCCAUCUCCCUCGUCUCCGCAAUGAUCGAGUCUGUGGUUUUGGGGGCGGAGAACUACUAUAUCUCCUAUCAUCCGCACCAUCGUACCCGGUGGAGCACCCUCUAUCUUCCCUUCGUUCCUACUUAGUUUUCCCUUUCUUUCUUGAAUUUUUUUUUUUCGAUCAUUUCAACCCUAAUGCCCCUGUGGACUGUCUAUCAUAAUAUAAUCCCACCAUGGCCCUUAAUUGGACGGCAUGGAAGGCCAAAUGGUUGCUGUUGAGGCGUCGACGAUCGGCCGUUCAGGAUCAUCUGCCGCCCGAGGCCGACACCGCCAAGAAUCCGCAUCACCACAAUCAUCCGCCGUCUUCUUCCUCCAACAACUUCUUCCUCUUCCACUCCUCCUCCCCCUCCACCCCUCUCCUCCCUCCAUCGCCUCAUGUCCUCGACCACAGUCCGCCUCCCCUCACCGCCCCUGGUUCCGUCGAGGCCGAUCAUCCCUCCUCGCCCUCCUCCUCCGACCCCCGCCGUCUCCGCUACUACGGAGGCUCCUCCUCCCUUCACGACCCCCUAAGCGAUCGUCUACCCGAGGACGACUCGUCUCGACGCCCGAAGUCUUUCCCUGCCAAGGGCCUGACCCCGUCGGUCGCCGUCACCCCACCCCCGCCGCCGCCACCGUCCUCCUCUGUCGAUCCUCCGGCCCGCCCGCACCGGAAACCAUCGGACUCGAUCAGUCCUGCGCCCCAGCAACGGACCUCCCCGAAGAAAAAAGUCGCGGCGUCGUCUCCCCCCCGACUCCCCCAAUCUCGCAUCCGCCCCGUCGCCGCGCGUUCGCCCCGCCCCAGCCUCGGUGUACGUCGGCAGUCUCUCCUGGCGCUGCCCAACCCGCAGCUGAUCACGAACCUGCUGGGCCCCGGCAUCGCCCUCGACACCGACAGUACCGAGAGUUUCGAGACCGUCGCGGCGCCGGAGUCGACGAUGCCCCGCAAGGUCUGGGUCAAGCGCCCCGGGGGCUCGGCCACCUUGGUUCCCUUCGCCCCGGACGCCGUCGUCGAUGAGCUGCGGGACCAAGUCAUCCUCAAGUAUGCCAAUUCGCUGGGCAAGGCCUUUGACGCCCCGGACGUCGUCAUCCGCAUCACCCCGCGCGAUGGUGUCACCCCCGAGCGCAUCUUGAGCCCCGAGGAGCCGCUCACCACCCUCCUGGACAACUACUACCCCGGUGGCCAGAUGGUCGAGGAGGCCCUCGUCAUCGACAUCCUUCAACGCAACACCCCCAAACCCUCCCCGCGCCACACGGUCUACUAUAACCACGAACCGGGAGACCAUGGCGAGUACUUUCCCAUCAUGCCCGCCAACCCCAACGUUGCCACCCCGCCCGCCCAUCCGUCCUCGGCCCCUAACCCCCACGCGGCCCCCUCCAUCUCUAUCCUCACCACAGGGAUGCCGCCUCCGCUGCCGUCCCCGGGCAGCCGCGGCAACCGGCAUAGUCGUCGACCGCCGCUCACGCGACAUGCGACGAACUCACCUACUAUUAUCGGCCAACCCACCAGUGCGAAAGAUACCCCAACCGGUACCGUCCCGGCCCAGUCUACGCCGCCUGUUCCAGUCCCGCCGGGACCGCCGCCGGUGGUGGAGUCGCCGCAGAACCAGGCCAUGACCCCACCGACCCGCGGAUCCUCGCCCCGCCCCCGUCCCCCGACGAAGACGAAGAAGAGCACCCACCGGGAGUCUACGGGCGGCGCGUUUGGCGGGCUGAUCGAGGGCACCGUCCCGCCCAUCAACGUGUUGAUCGUGGAAGACAACAUCAUCAACCAGCGGUUGCUGGAAGCCUUCAUGAAGCGACUGAGUGUGCGGUGGAAGUGUGCCGCCAAUGGAGAGGAGGCGGUGACCAAGUGGCGCCAGGGAGGGUUCCAUCUCGUCCUGAUGGACAUCCAGCUGCCCGUGAUGAACGGGUUGGAUGCCACCAAGGAAAUUCGCCGACUCGAACGUCUGAACGGAAUCGGAGUGUUCCCCAAGACAGCGUCGGGACGCUCCAGCGCGGCUAGUGCGACCACCAAGUCGCCGCAGGAGCUGGAUGGGGGGUCCUACCUGUCUCUCAAGCAGGAGGACAACCUCCAUGACCUCUCCCUUUUCAAGAGUCCUGUCAUCAUCGUGGCCCUGACGGCGAGCAGUUUGCAGAGUGAUCGUCACGAGGCUUUGGCGGCGGGUUGCAAUGAUUUCUUGACCAAGCCUGUCCGAUUCGAGUGGUUACAGCAGAAAGUGACGGAAUGGGGCUGCAUGCAGGCACUGAUCGAUUUCGAAGGCUGGCGCAAAUGGCGCGGGUAUGCCGAUGACAAGCCACCGGCCAUCAUCGAUGGCGACGCCAGUCCAAUGCGAAUCGGCAACGACCCGUCAACCUCAUCCUCCCAUGGCCGCCGGGAGCGGGAUUCAUUGCAAAAGCCGAAGCCACCGGCCAGCAACGGGGUGUCCAGCUCGUUGGUCGCAGGGCCCGUGUUGUCGGACCUCAGUCGGGAAGAUUCCGGCAGUACCAAUGGGGAGGCCAUGGAUAUGCCAACAAGUCCGAUGACGCGUGUGGGUGAUACCGCGUAGAUCCCUUUUAUCUUUUACCUCUCUUAUGUUGACACUGUCGUUGUCUAUGUUUUUUAUUAUGUUGUUUUGUUCUCUUCAGGGUAGAUGCUUGUGUCUACUAACGGAUACCCAGCAUCGCGCAUUUAUGCGUUGUGCAUUUUAUUUAUGCAUUUAUUCAAUUUUUCUUUUCUCUUUGCUUUAUACUGGGAUUGUUGGGGUGUAGGUGGUGGUAUAUUAUGAUAUAUGUAGUUAUAUAUAGUAUAUUCAAUAUAGUAUAGUAUUAUACUCCGU